UAUUAGUGCUGGAGGAAGCAAAAAGAUGAGACCCGUUAGUCUGACCAGUGUUGUUGUCAAACUAAUAGGAAAGAUUAUUCAGGUGGCCAUUUUAGACUAUGUGAAAGGGUACACUCUUUUAUUUAGGCAACAACAUCGUUUUGAGAAAGGCCUAUCAUGCUUAGCAGUACCGCUUAUUGCAACAGAAGAUUGGGCUGCAGCUAAAGAUAGGAAUAUUCCUGUAGACGUGAUUUCCAUAGAUCCAAGUAGAGCCUUUGACAAAGUCUCUCGUCUGGGGGCUAUGUCAACGUGGCGAUUUGUAAGAAAUGGAGUCCUUGCUUCAAGUAUGAGACAAAUAUUUUAGGAGGAGUUCAACGGCGAGGGAACAUAAUGGUAAAAGGUAUCUUUAGUCUAUCUUAUGAAGACCGACUACGACGUCCCAGCUUAUUUCCGUCAUCUUGCCGCAGGUUACAGGGUGAUCUACUACUGACCUAUCG